AUGGCGCUAUCCAACAACCUAACCGCAGUCCUGAACUUCAUCGCCUUCCUCUGCUCCGUCCCAAUCGUCGCAUCGGAGAUCUGGCUCGCCUCCCAGCCGGACAACGAGUGCAUCAACUUCGUCCGGUGGCCGGUCGUCCUCCUCGUCCUCGUCGUCUCUCUGACCGGCUUCGUCGGCGCCUACUGGUACAAGGAGACACUCCUCGCCUUCUACCUCUGCUGUAUGGCCAUCCUCAUCGCCCUCCUCCUCACCCUCCUCGUCUUCGCCUUUGUCGACACCCGGCCCGACGGCGGCUACGCCAUCCCCGGCCGCGGAUACAGGGAGUACCGAAUCGAAGGAUUCUCGUCCUGGCUGCAAGGUCACAUCAUCGAUUCGAAGAAUUGGGGCGCGAUUCGCGCUUGCCUCGCCGAGAGCGACGUCUGCUCCAGGUUGACACGGAUGGCGCGGGGCCCAGGCGACUUCGCAUGGCCGACAGUGGCGAGGACGACGGCGAGGGUUGGUUUCUCUGCCUGCGGCGCUGCGCGAGAAGGUGGAAGGGGUGGAUGGAGCUGGAGAAGCCGAGAAGGGGAUUUCUGUUAG